UGCAAAAAAUGCUCUCGUCGUGUGUUGGCCGUCGGACGGCAGUCCUUUUGACGCGUUGUUUUCAUCAACAUCGGUCUGUUACGGUUGAGCCAGUGGCAGCACGUUUCUCUUGCAUCUUUGUCACCGCAGCGCAAGCACCGUGGUUUAGAUUCGUACAUAACAGUACUGGAAGCAACCGUAACUACGAACAGUCUAAAACGACGGGACCUACGUGUAGCAGGAUGACCGGAGUCAAGAAGUAUCAAAUUGUCGAGCGCGGCGCACCAAAUUCCACCGAUUACCGAGUGUUUUUCAAAACCAUUGAUGGCCAAUCCGUCUCGCCACUCCAUGACAUUCCACUUUACGCGAACAAUGCGAAGACGGUACUCAACAUGGUUGUGGAAGUUCCACGUUGGACCAACGCUAAAAUGGAGAUAAGCCUCGGCGAAGGACUCAAUCCGAUCAAGCAGGAUGUUAAGAAGGGAAAGUUACGAUUCGUUGCCAACUGUUUCCCCCAUCAUGGUUACAUCUGGAAUUAUGGUGCAUUCCCUCAGACGUGGGAAAAUCCGGACCAUCUGGAUCCAAACACCGGUUGCAAGGGUGACAACGAUCCAAUCGAUGUGCUCGAAAUCGGUUCUCGCAUUGCGAAACGAGGCGAUGUUUUGCAGGUAAAGAUCCUUGGCACCGUCGCGCUGAUCGAUGAGGGUGAAACCGACUGGAAGAUUCUCUCUAUUAAUGUAAACGAUCCAUUGGCUAAUCAAGUAAAUGAUGUUAACGACGUGGAGAAGGUGUUCCCGGGGCUGUUGAAGGCUACCAUUGAAUGGUUCAAAAUCUACAAAAUACCCGAUGGAAAGCCGGAGAACCAAUUUGCCUUUAACGGAGAAGCGAAGGACGCCGCGUUCGCGACCAAGGUUGUUGAGGAGACACACAGAUUCUGGCAAACGUUGAUCAAUAAGGAAGUAGACGAUACGGGCAUCGCUUGUAUCAACACUACGGUUGAGGGAUCUCCUUAUCUCGUGGCACCGGAUGCUGCUGAAGAGAUUCUCGCUAAGAGUUCUAAUGGUGGUGAAUCGGAACCCCAGAGCGAAGCAAUUGACAAAUGGCACUUCCGUGAAGAGAAUUCCUAUUCCAAACUGUAGCCAAUAGCAUACCGUCAACUUCCGCUUCCUGCGAUACUGCUCUGAAUUCGUAGUCCAGUAAUGACGUUCGAGGGAAAUCCAAUAACAAUUAUGUUUUGCGCUAUGCAGUAGAUUAUAUUUAUUCCUUAACUUUUUGUAUAGUAAUAGCAUGUAUUCUGGUGUUGAAAGUAAAAAAAAGGCUAUGGAAUGCUGUUAACCUUUAGGUA